GCGUAAGAGCCGUGAGUUAUUACAAGUAACGGAACCUCACCACAGACAAUUAUACUGUAGCCUACUGUUGGUUCAACUUCAACCCUAAAAGUUUUCACUGGUAUUGACGUGGAAGUCUCGAGUAUCUAUACGUCUCAAAGUUUGUAGGUCAUUGAUUGAGUCCCGUAGACAUUAUUGGACAACGGGGACACGGACUCCAAUGUUUACGUUGCAGUGUUCUAUCAGUUCUGUCUCGAUGCCAGUGUGACUUUUCGGUGUUCGCAGUCGAUCUCGGACUUUUUGAAAAUGCAACAAAAAUGUCAAGCUGUAAUGUGAUGUGAUUGAUAAACUACGGUCGAAAGUUAUUUCCCACCGUAGGACAAAUGGAUCAACCAAAGGAGGAGCAGGACCAGAUUGCCACAUGAUUCAGUGAGGAGGGACUCCUUCUUGACUCCCCUAAGGAGGCUAAGCUGCGUUUGCAAUGGAGUGCCUUCCAGCGCACAAGAAAUUGUCUGAACAGUGUAACAUGGGAACUGGACACCCAGCGCUUACAACACUUAGCAGAUAUGACAGAGGCACACAAGUCCUUGGAGCAGAUCCAAGUCUUUAUAGAGCACAAAGAUGUUUUGGCUCAGGAGAUACAAGGCGAAAACGAUCAGCUCAAGGAGCAGCUGCACCGCCUAAUAUCCCUUCAAGAUGCCCAGAUAAGCGAGGUGGCUAAGAUGCUGUACCAGCAGGGUCUCACAGAGUUGAUUCACAGCAGCCCCAGUGAACAGGUGGCCUAUCUCCUGGUGGAGAGAGCCUCUUUACUUGAGAUGAUUGAGAAUCCUAACAAUCUGACGGAUGAUGGAAACACACCCAGCCCACUGGGGUCUGAAGCUCAGGCACUGAACACGUGUGCACACCAGUCUUCCCACAAGGGGGCAGCACAUCACAGCCAGAGCCCAUGGAAGAGACUCUUUGGACUCCACAAAGCUUCCCAGCGCAAGCAUACAUUUAUUCCUGCUGAGGCCAGGCAUUUGGCUGGCCAGGCAAGCAGCAUGGAGAGGAAAUGUUCCCGCCUGGAGCGGGAUCUGGAGGAGGGCUCCCGCCGGCUGGCCAUGGCCCACAAUGAGAUUCGGCAUUUGACUGAUGAGUUGGAGUCUGCUUAUUUGACUCAAAGAGCUUAUGAGCCUGAACUGCAGGCAGCUCAACAGGAGGUGGAGCAAUUCAGACAGGAAGUACAAAAGAUGAAGAAAUAUGACAUGGUGGAAUUGCGAAAGGCCAAAGAGCUGAACGAUCGUCUGGACCUUGAGAUCAGAGCCUUGAGGAGCAGGGUACGCACCCUGGAUGCUGAGAAAAGCUCGCUGCAGCAGACGGUGGCGUCUCUGCAGAGGGAGGUGGAGCGGCUGCAGUCCGCUCUGCAGGAGCAGCAGCAGCAGCUCCUCACUGUGCAGGUUGAGGCCAGCCAGGCUAAUGAGUUAGCUAAAUCCCAGGCAACUAAAGUGAUUCAGAACAAUGACAUCUGCAGGGAUUUACAAAGUAAGCUCAGCGCUCAGUCCAGAUGCCUUUUGGAGAAGGAGUCAGAAAAACAUUCCCUUAAGCAGCAGCUGGAUACCUCCCAUAAUGACCUGGAUAACCCUGUAGCUACCACCCGCAGCAAAGAAAACAAUCUUCAGGAUCAAACGGUGUGGAAGCAAAAAGAGUCAGAUUUACUACAGCUGCCUCAGAACAAGGAAAACACACUGCGUAAGGAGUAUCCUCAUUAUCAAAAUGGGGUGAAGACUCUGUUGACAACCCAAGAGUGUGAGAAGCUCAAGAAGGAGAUCUGUGAAACCCUUAAAUGCCUUGACAAUGAACGGAGUAAAUACCAUGAAAUGAAAGAAAAGCACAAGGUACUUUGUCGAGUCAAACAGAAAUGUGAUGAUGAAACCACAUGGCGUGACAAGAAGAUAAAAACUCUAGAACGAGAACUGUCCUUUUGUUCCCAUUCAGUAGCAAAGGAAAAAGAGCUUACCAUAAGCAUUACUGCAGAAAAUGAGAAACUACUUGUUGAGAGGAGAAGGCUACUACAACAGCUAAAUGAAGAGGAGCACAACAAGAAAGACAGCAAGCUUACAGCUUCUUUGUCCCAAAGCAGGUUGGAUUUUCUAGAGAUGGAAAACAAGAAACUUGGAAACAAAAUACUUCACAUGUCCAAACAGCUAGCUGUUCUGAAACGCUGCCUGCAAAACAUGCAGUCACUCCACUUUGCUGAGGUACCGGGCACAGAACUGAAGAAAACAGCAAAUCGUAUGCAGGUUUUUAAAUCCCUCCCUGUGCAGACUUCAAGCGCAAUGAUGCCUGAGCAGUCUGAAAUUCAGGGCUUAUUGGACAAUACUCCCAGCAAGCAGACAGCCGUGACCUACUACCCUCACCGUUUCAUCUCUGGGCCUCUGUCUCAAGCUGCAGAGAUGGGCUACCUGAAUUUCACAUCCGCUCUGGGAAGCUCAAACCACUCAAGUCCCCCGGCCGCCCUCAGCAGCUCAUAAAGCAUGUGUUCCUGAGAUCUUCUGUCUGUCUGCAACAUGUAUAUAUUUUGUACAGAAAUUAUUUUUAUUUUUAAAUUUA